CACCAUGGUUGAAAACAGAAGCUCCAAAUCCAACAACUCCUAAGUCCUAAACUCUCUCUUAUAAAUACUCCUGAAUUUAUACCAAAAAGCUCCCCCAACUACAUUCCUCAACUACUAAAAACUUUAGAAUUACUUUUUCCUCCCCGGAUGAGGCCGUACCGUGGCUCCAUUGUCAUCUUUCUCCUCCUCCACAUUGCAAUCACAGGUGCUGCUGUCAAAAAUGGAAACAGCUAUGCAAGAUUUGUGAACCAAUUCUUGGCAACUCAAAAUGCUGCCCGAGCUGCCCUGCGCAUGAGACCGCUGGUGUGGGAUGCAAACUUGGCUAGGUAUGCACAAUGGUAUGCAAACCAAAGGAGAUUUGACUGCGCUUUGAGGCACUCUGAUGGACCCUAUGGCGAGAACAUCUUCUGGGGCAGCGGCACCGGGUGGUCACCGGCUCAGGCGGCUGCGGCGUGGGUGGUGGAGAAGAAAUGGUACAACUACUGGUCUAACUCAUGUGCCUUGGGACAGGAAUGCGGGCAUUAUACACAAAUUGUGUGGAGACAGACUACAAGGAUUGGAUGUGCUAGAGUGACUUGUUUUGGUGGCAGGGGAGUCUUCAUGACUUGCAAUUACAAUCCUCCAGGAAAUUAUAUUGGAGAGAGACCUUAUUGAAUAUGCAUUUUUUUUCUAACAUAUUUGCCUUUUGGGCUUCAUGUGUAUAUCAAUUGCCGUAUUUCUCAUUAUUAUUAAACCCAUGCGAUUGAUGUAAAACAUGUUUUUUUUUUUUUUGGCAGUGAGAGAGAUACUGCUGAAUUGUGUUAUCUAAGGCUUCCAAAUAAAAGUAUAGGGAUUACUUAAUAUAGAGGAGCCUUGGAAUAUUUUAGGUUUUGAAACUCUUUUCUUUAACUUCAACUCCAGUGUGAACAUAUGAUAUGUGUCAUGUGUCACCAGGUCCUGUUCAUCCUUAAAGUCAAUACAUUCCUGAUUUCUCA